UCAGUGCGCGCGCACCUGAGCCCAGCCGGACCGCAGACUCACGCGCGCAUUUGAACAAGACGGAGGGUUUACAACAGCGCGCGUUGACAUUGUGUCUGAUGUUGAAGUGAUGAAGAAGAUCAGCUCAGUGUUCUCCUCUCUACAGGACAAACUGCACAGAGACAAAGGUGAGAAGAAGGGUUUGCCCCCUCCUGCAGAUGCCGCCGCGCCCCCUGUUGAGUGCUCACACAUGCUUGUGCAGCCGCCGUUCUUUGAGUACCUGGUGGUGGUGAGUGUGAGGAAGAGGAGCAGUGGAGAUGAAGGCUAUGAGCCACAGAUCAUCUAUCAGUUCCCCAAAGCCACCGGCCAAUCACAGCGCAAGGAGGAGGAGCCUCUCUUUAAAGCUAUCACACUCUUCUGCUUCCCUGAGGGGGUCAACUGGGCCCCGCUAACCGAGUACCACAGUGAAACGUUCUCGUUCGUCCUGACUGGGAUGGACGGCAGCAGGAGGAAUGGGUACUGCAGGAGACUGCUGCCAUUAGGGAAGGGAGCACGCCCCCCAGAGGCCUACUGUAUCAUCAGCACCCUCGCCUGCUUCAGCCUCUUCUCAAAGAUCUUUGAUGAGGUGGAGAAGAGGCGUCAGAUCUCCAUGGCAAUGAUUUAUCCAUUCAUGCAGAGUCUCAGAGAAACACCGUUUCCUGCUCCAGGAAAAACUGCCACAAUCAAGAGCUUCAUCCCUGAGUCUGGGACAGAGAUUAUCAGUCUGACUCGGCCGGUGGAUUCAUGGUUAGAACACGUUGACUUUUGCUCGUUGUUUUUGUGUUUAUCGGAUGAGGAAAUUCUGCAGGUUUUUGCUGCUGCUGUGCUCGAAAGACGAAUCAUCUUCAUUGCUGAGGAGCUCAGCACACUCUCUCAGGUGUUACAUGCCGUUGCUGCUCUGCUCUUCCCCUUCAUCUGGCAGCACACAUUCAUCUCCAUUGUCCCUAAAGUUCUCCUCGAUGUGUAUUUAGCACCAACACCAUACCUGCUUGGAAUCCAGAAGAACCUGCUGCACCUGCUCACUGAGCACACUGACUUGCUUAUUGUUGACCUGACUGGCCAAUCAGAGAGCAAGUUCAUCGCCAGAGUUGGAGAUGAGGACACACUGAUCCCGAGCAGGCUGCAGGAGGAGCUGCUCCAGGAUCUCUGCAAACGCAAACACGACGCGACUACGGAGGAGCUGAACAGCGUGGUGUCUGAAGCCUUCCUCAGCUUCUUUGUGAAAACUGUUGGACAUUUUGCAAAUCACUUCAAGCAUCUGGGAAGAAACAAGCAGCUGAGAACGUUUCAGAAAAAGAGCUUCAUCAAAGCUGUGGAGCCGAAGGAGAACCUGGACUUCGUCAAACAGUUCGUGCAGACGCAGAUGUUUGACUUGUUCAUCCAGGAGGAGGAGAAACCGCACGAGCACGAAGGAUUUUUCCAUCAGAAAGUUGUGGAGUUUCAGCAGAGGAGGAAGGAGCGAUUGAGGAGUGGAGGAGUGAAGGGGCUCGUAGCAUGAGACGGUGUGUGUGAGAGAGACUAUUAUUUGUAUUGUUCAAUAAAUUGUUUCACUGUGAGUCACUUAA